UUUACCAAUGUUUUUUUAAACACAACUAUACACAAGGACUCAAUUCUGCUUGUUUAUAGUAAUUAAAGUUAAAAGCUAUACAAACUGGGAGCAAUAAAAUGAUAGAAGCACACCCUCGUCCAACGAAUUCAGGGCGGCCAUAUUCGCUGACAAGCUUUCAGUCAAAGUUGGAUAAGUUUCAACAGUUUAUCGCUAAAGAAACUCUUCAAGACUCUACUGCAACGACGGAUGAAAAACGUCAGUAUGUUAACGAUAACCUUCGUUACGAAUAUUUUUGCGAGAGAGUUCGAUCUUUGUUUGGGGAAGACAUAAAAUCACAAGACCUAAAAGCAAUUCAUCGCAAAAUAAGUACGAACCCAGAUGCGCGGAUUGACUGGAGCGAGGUUUUUGGUUAUUUUCAAGCUGAAAAUGACAUUCAAGAGUCGGGUAGUGAUGAAAUUAGUGUUUUCACUGUUUCAAAAAGAAAGACUAUCGGUGAAGCAGCUGGUGACAAAAAGCGAAGAGAUACCAUUCAGUGUGUCAUAUAUUCGCCAGAAUUUGACAUUUAUGUCACUGCGUCACAAAAAGGAGCUCUCUCAUUGUAUAAUGGCAAGCUUCGUCUUCAAAACUGUAUUGACAUUAAUGAAUCUGCAUGGAUGACAAGCUGUCAGUAUUUACCAAAGUUGCGGAAAGUCAUUGCUACUACAGAACGUAGUAUAAUUAUUUGGGACCACAGAGCUAAAGGACAAAAUCAGUCCAACAUCCAUGUCAUUAAACCAUUAGAGCAUUCGCCACAAUGUAUGUGUCUGGUCGAAUGCGCUGAUGAGCAUUCUGAUGCUUUGCUUAUUGGAGAUGAUGCAGGAUACAUCAACCUGAUACAUCUUACACACAAUGACUUUGUCAUUAAAACAAGCAACGAUCAACCUCGUGUGGUUAAAUAUAACCUUAUUGAUCCCACAACUUUAACUAUUCCAAUAGUUCGUCGUAAGUUCCACCAAGAUUGGGUGUUGCAAGUGAAAUAUUUACCAGAUUUAAAAAGUUUUGCGUCAUGUUCGCCUGGAGAUCGAACGUCAUUUGUGAUCGCAUCCAUGAAGCGAAUGCAUGAUACCAGUUCUGUAAGUGAAUUGUCCAUCCCACGAGGAGUGAAUGCAUUCUGCUACUCUGAAAAAUCGAACAUUUUUGCUACUGGUGGAGUGGAUAAAACAAUUCGAAUCUGGCAUCCAAAUAUUCUUUCUCGACCAACAGGCAAAAUGUUGGGUCAUUUAUUCACAAUUGUUGACAUUGUAAUGAAUGAAAAAGAUCAGCACAUUAUCAGCUUAUCAACUGCCCGUGUGUUUCGUGUUUGGGAUGUGCAUACCCUUGCCUGUUUACAGGUGUUCACCGAUAGUGAUGGAAGAUCUGGUGAAAGAAGAAUAUCAGCCAUGUUGUUUGAUGGGAGGAGAGAUAGACUAUUUACAGGUUCAAGUUCACUUGAUUUGUGGCCAAUGACACGCACUGUACAAGAUUCCAUGUCGGUCCCCCACACACAUGAUCACCCACUAACUACUGUGGUUCUCCAUACUUCUGUCUCGCAUUCUCAUGUGUUAACAGUUUGCUCAGAGUCAGUUUUAAAGGUAUUUUCUAAAUAAGGAUAUUCAUGCUUGAAAAGACAGAUUUUUUAUAUACCACAAGAUUAGUUUUGUUGGUAGGGUUGGGUGUUGGGGUAAUGGGCCAAUCCGGGCCUAAAUCUUAGGACCCAUGGCGUGCCACUUUUGGAGACAUCAGUCUUGGUGCUUGCUUUAAAAUUA